AUGAAAUAAAUUACAGAUAACGACAACUAUUCAGUUGAUGGUAUUAAUUGUAAUUACUUAUCAUUAGGUUGGAAUUUUGAUGAAUAGUCCAAUUUCAUAAAAUACACAAAAUUUGUUAUUCCUUUCACUAUCUUAAUCAAUAUUUAUCUUAUUGUGAUUACUUUUCUUUAUAAGACUAUUUAUCCACCAUACUUUUAUGAGAUAUUACUUUACUCUUCUAUCUAUGGAAUAUCUUUAUCGAUAUUCAAUAUAUUUUGGAAAUAAGAAAGUAUUAUGUAUAAAUUAUAAACUUCUUAGAGGAUUCAGUAAUUAGAUAAUUAUCAUUUGUUUUAAAUGGCUUAAUGAUAAUAAUGGCAAUCUCUUUGAUGAUAUUCUUUAUUGCCUCAUUUGAAGCUGAUUACAAUUAUAAAAUUGGUGAGAAUUCCAGUUAUAUCAAUUAAAUUUAAGAAUGGUAACAUUUUACACUUUUAUUUCGUUCAAUACUCUUAUCAUUAUUCCUACUUCUAAUUUCAUAUUUUUAUAUUACUUAUAGUCUAUAUCUUUGUUAAGAUUAGUAAAAUCUCAUGAUAGCUUUACACAUUUACAAUACUUUAUUUUUUAUAACUGGAAUAGCUAUCAAUCACUAUUCAAAACUUAUUGGAUUUUAAUUAAUAUUAUUAUUAUUAUUAAUAUCAACAAGUAUAUUAGUUUAUAGUGCUAAUCUUAAAAAGAUUAAAGUAGCUUAUUUUACUAUUGGAGCUAUUUUAUUAUUUUAUUUAAUACUCAAUCAAUAUUAACAUUUUUCAAAUGUAAGAUAGGCAAAAUAAAAUAAAAUAUCAGUUUUAAAUGAUUGUUCAGCUCAUUUAAGAAAUCUACAUAUGGACUUUUUAUUUGCCAAUACUAAUUGUUAAAAAUAUUAAGAAAAUUUAUAAUGUAAUGAUGAUUAAAAAGCCUUUAUGUGGGAAUUGGAUACAAAAAUACCCAUUUCUUAAAGAGAUACAAAAUUAGGAUGUUUGAAUCUAAAUUGUUGUGGAAUAGUGGCUGAUAGAUCUAAAUUUAAAUUGAAUGUCAUUACUUUAGUUCAUUAAUUAAUUGGUUUUGCUACAUUAACACUUAUUUUGUACAUAUCAUAAAAACCUCCAUUAUUGAAUACAGAAAUAAAAAUUUAUGAUUUCAUUUUUGGAACUAUUUAGUUAUUUUUAAUUAUUAUAACAAUCUUUUUAUUUAGUAAAGAAAUUAAUUAAGAUAUCAAUAAAUUUAAUUCACUUUAAACUUCUAAAUAUAUAGAUAUUCCAAAAGGAUGUAGUUAAAUGAAAAAUUUCAUUACUCUAAAUUGUUAAUUUAUAUAUUGUGAUAAUAUUGAAUUAACAAUUAAAACAGAUUUUCCAAUGAAUUAUUAUAGAUUAAGUAAUUCUAAAGAUUUUUAUGUUGAUGAUUCAAAUUUCACAGAAUUAAAAUUUAUUGGUAAAUUUGAUGCCAUCUAAAAUUAUAUCUAUUCAAAUGUAUUUAAAUAUUUAUAUUUAGAUCUAUAUAUGUGUUACUAGUAAAACAGUUAAUAUAGACUUUACAAUUUAAAAAUCUACUAGAUUGCUUAAAGAAAUUAGUUAAACUAAUCUUAUUUAGAAUUAAGACAUACUUAAAACACUCUAAGCAGUUAGAUUUUGGAAAUUAGAGUGUUAAUUAAACAUUAAUUAAAAUUACACUAUAAAAUUACUUAAUCCAAUCACUAAUACUGAAUAUUUAUAGAUACAAAAUUAGAAUACUUUAAAUUUUAUAUAAGAAUAAUCUUAUAUAUUAAUAAUAUAAUCCAAAGGAUAUAUUCCUUAUGAAUAAAACAUUUUUAUUAAUAAGGAUACAUUAUUAAACAUAAAUCUAAUCAAAUAAUAGAAAUAACUAUCAAUUAUUUUAUAAGGAUCUAAAUAAUCUAUGUUAGGUACAACAUUUGCAACCAGUAUUUAUAAAUAAUAUACAACUACAAAGUGGAUUGGAUCUAAUAAUUAUAUGCAUCUAGAAUAUAUUGAUGAUACAACUUAAAUAAUAAAAAUAGAUGAAAUUGAUUAUCCUAUUUUGGUAUUUAUUAUAAAUCCUAAUUAUGAUGCAUUAUUAACUAUUUAUGAUGAAGAUCGUUUAUUAUAUAAAUCAUACACUAAUAAAUAAAUUAAUACAUAAUAAGUUUUAUGUUUAUAAGGUAAUACAAUAAAUUAUUUAAAAUCACAAACAUCAAAUAAAUUAUUGCCUAAUAGUCUUAUAUGUUAAUGA